AUGGCCUUAUUCAACACAUACAAGGUCUCGAAUGCACGUGAAGCUGCAUCUAGGGCGGCCUACGCGACUGUCGCCCAUCUCCUUCCUCUUGUCUGUUCGGGCCAAUUGAGCUUCGUCUCUUACAGCUUCGGGAUUCCAGGAUCUGUAGGCCUUAGCUUCCAUGAAGCCUUUGGUUGGAUGGCCGCCGUGCAAGGAGCUGUGCACAGUAUAAUCAAGCUACAGGACAAAGGUGAUUGGACCGUGCUGACGAAGGCUGGCCUUGUGGCACUCUGCAGUCUUCUGGCGUUAUCGUGUCUGCCAUUUGCAAGGAGUCUUGCGUACGAAAUAUUUCUUGUUACGCACCAAUUGCUAGCUAUCACCUUCGCCCUUGCUCUAUGGCUUCACGUCCAGUCUCUAAAUAACAUAGUCCGGCGGCUAUGUUUCAUUGCAUUGCUUCUGUUCAUUGCGACUUCAUGCUACAGAUAUGCCAGGCAAGUUUACGGAAACCUUGUCCCCAUUCGCGAAGCGAUGAGACUCAUACAAAUUGAAGAAGUCCGAAAGCUAGAUGACUCCUUAAUCCUUGGACUACAUUUCCCAAGGAGCUGGAAAAUACGCCCUGGGCAGCAUUUGUACCUUACUGUUCUUACCUCCAGGAGCGGAUCGAUACUGCAGAGACAUCCUUUCACUGUCACAUGGUGGAAUGCGUCACAGGAACCUCGAAUGUACUUAAUGAUCCGUGCGCAACGAGGAUGGACAAAGAGUAUAUUGGAUCGCCCCGAUCUUCUGAAGUCACGGAAGGUGUGGCUAGACGGCCCAUACGGAAUGCCAAUAUGCCUCGAGAACUACGGAACGGUCAUUCUCUUCGCGUCCGGGGAUGGUAUCUUUGCGCAGUUGCCGUUUCUGAAGGCGGUCACAGAGGCAUGCAAAUUAUCAAGAGCAAGAACCAGGAGAAUCAAGCUUGUUUGGCUGACGUAUGAUUUCAACGAACAGGUACGGGAAUGGAUUCAGACUAUCCUCAAUGACAAAGACCUAUACCCAGGUCUUCUGGAUUUAUGCGUCCACGAACCAAACACCCAAAUGUCUUCCAAAAUCAAAAGUCGUGGGAGAAGAGUGAAAAUAGUCCAUGAUAUACCGAAUGUGAGGAGCUACUUGCAAUUAGAGCUUAACCAUCCGGAGACUGAGAUAGCGGUUACUGGUGAGUCUCGGCAUAACCAUUAG